UCCGGCUCGGAAACAUUCUGGAGAAGAUAUUGUCAUGUCAUUGAGCACAUCAAGACCGAGUCAGGGAAGAGGGUGCGCGAGUCUCUAAAACCUGCCCACACAUGCUCCCGCUGCAGGACUGUCAUGUACCCCGGUCCAGAGAACUCGGGGUACAAUCAUCGACGGGGCUUUUGUGCAGAGGGCGCCAAGCAGGUGUCCCAAAAUGAGCCGCCUCCACCCUGGCCACAGCCACCAGGCAUCUUCUCGGAUGGCAAACGCUUCCACCCAAGCACUUUCCUGGAAACGGUCAAGCAAAUCUACGAGCAGGUAUUUCUCCGACCAUCUGGUAAAAGUCCUGCACUCCAGCAGGAAGCAUUUGCAACGAUGCUGCUCGGACCGAUCGACCACGCUUGA